AAGAAAAAUAUUGCUUCCUUAAAACAAAAGUCAUCUACAAAAUGGCACAUUAUUCAAUAAUUCUCUUUUACUUAAAAUAAAGGGAAAAACAACAGUAAAAUCCAAAGACACGCGCAUCAAAACCGCGUAGGGAGUCUCAAAGAAAAAAAAGAAGUCAAAUCUCAUGUCCCUGACCCUCGGUAAAGGUCGGUCCAAAUCAUUCAAAAAUGACAGUUUAAAAAAUAAAAAAUAAAAAAAUUAUUAUCCUUUUGUUAAUCUUAACCAAACCUUUCCAGUUUCCAUUACGUCUCCACUUGUACAAUUGUCUGUGUUUUAAAGCAAGCCAUCUAUUUCCUCACCAACCCAUUGUUUUCUUCUCCAUCGGUAAAAAUCUUUUUGAAAAGAAAUGUUUGAUUUAGAAGAGAGUCUUACGGUAGAAAGCUACAGAAUUCCAUGGCUAAUAUGGAUCCAAAUCCUAAUCUUUAUCCUUCUCCUCUUUCUCUUUUAUUGUUUCAGUGUUUUUACUUCUUCAGAUCUCUCUCUCAACACCACCACCAGCAGCAACAACAGCAGCAGCAUCUCCUCUUUUCCUCCUCCUUCUUCUUCUUCUUCAACUUCAGCUUCCUCUUUAAACAAGGCAACAGGUCUCAACAAACACAACAGCAACACCACAACUGUCACCAAUCUCUUGCAGCAGCACCAUAAUCAGAUAGGAGGAAGCCAAAGUAUAAAAGGAGAGAUAGCAACAAGCACAAGUAGAACAGUAGUGAGAGAAGGUAAUGUCAUAGAAGGGGAAGGUUUCUCAACAAACUCGGUUAUUGAUUUCCAUCCCUGCAACUAUUUUAGGCUUGCCAAGCUUGCGUUUCUCAAGUGUUUGGGAUUAGACUUAGACCCUGUGUCCGAGCGAUGUUCAAGCUCCGAGCGGAAAAAGGAAAGAUAGCCUCUGCUACGAAUUCAAAUCUGCUGAGAAGCAAAGGUUGAGCUAACACUUUUUAAGCAAGCUGCAAAAACCAUUGCACCAAGCAGGCAGAGGGAUGGAAUGGAAAGCCUGCUAGUGAUUUUGCCCUGCAAGGUGAAUAUAUUCAAGCUGUUAAAAGUUAAAUGAUGAUCUAUGGAAGCAUUGAGAUAUUAGGAAAUAUCAUUCAUUGAAGCAGCUGGAAUAAGCAACCAUGUAAAUAUUAUUUGGAUCAGAACUGGUUCAAAGAAUCUUAAUGUGUAUUUCUUUUAUGUUCAGAUUGUAAGUUAUUAUAAGGCUCGAAUUGAAUUUAUUUUGCGAGAAAUUCAAGCAACUCUGCAGCAGGUUCAGGGUUGUAUCAUGGAGACAUUUGAGCUCAUUGGCAUUGGCUUCACAAAAUAAUACCUUUUAGUUUGUGUUGUCA